AUGACGGUAUUUUGUGUUUUUAUGACACCAGAAAAGCUCAAAAAAUUAAAUGGAGCCAUCAAUGCUCAAAUUGAACAAAGCAAACGGUUUGAAAUUCGCCUAGCAAAACUAGAGGCUCAGUUCAAUACACCACAACCGCAGGUAACAAAUUUGGCAGCACCGAAAAGUGAAGACGACCUGAAACAAAUAUCGAGACUUCCGGACUGUGUCAAAGAUUUACAAACCUUUGAUGGCGAUGCAGUGCAGUAUGUAUCAUGGGUGCACAGCGUAGAAUCAAUUCUACGAGAUUACGAAGUUGUCAGAAACAAACCCAUAUACAGAGCAAUAUUACAAGCUAUUAGAGGAAAAAUUAGAGGUAGAGCAGAUGCAGCUCUAAUAUCGUACAACCUGUUCGACGAAGAAUGGGCCGCAAUCAAGCAGUGUUUGUCCCUGCAUUAUGCCGACAAACGGGACAUACGCACAUUGGAGCACCAAAUGAGCACACUGACACAGGGAAGAUCAACCAUAGAUGAAUUCUACGCCAGAGUCAACCAUCAAUUCUCCCUCAUAAUCAAUAAGAUCAAGACCGAGAAUUAUACAAAAGAAACUAUAGACGUACUGAUAGAAUCACAAAGAAACAGAGCACUGGACGUAUUUAUCCGAGGGCUCAAUGGGGAAUUGUCCAGGUACUUGAUGCUUCAGAAACCGUCAACUCUGCCAGAAGCAUAUUCAACGUGUCUAGAGCUCCAGAACUAUAGUUGCCGAAACUUCGCUAUACACAACAGGAAUGAUAACAACAGAAUCACUGUACCAUUCAACAAAAUGUCCAUGAAACGACAACAACCAAGUGCUGGGAACCCAAGGUCGUAUCAACCAGAACAGCCAUUAACAGUGGAACAACGGAACUUGGCUUACAACAUUCAACAUCAGAGAGAAUCGCAACCUCCACCUAGACCGCCAAAACCGUUAGAGAAGAUGGACGUUGACCGAUCCAUACAAACACGUCAGGUUAAUUAUAUGAACCGGCCAGACAACUACAGGGGAAUAUACAAGAGGCCACCAUCAGUAGGCAACAUGCCUAGCAAUAAGCACCAAAGGCUAUUCAAUAUGGAAACACUUGAAGACGACGUAGAUGACCACCCAGAAGAAUGCAGCGAAUAUGACGAAGAACCAGCAUAUGCAGAUGAUGAGGUUCAAGAACUCCUAAAAUUUCUAGUCGACACAGGAGCUAAUAAAAAUUUUGUAAGAGAAGAGAUCGCGACAAAUGCCAAACCAACAACAAAACCAUUCAAGAUACGUUCAGCUGGAGGAGAUAUAACAAUCACCAAGAAGAUCGGAGGAAGAUUUUUUCAGAGUCUGGGAAACAACACCUUCAUUGAAUUUUUUGUUUUGCCAGGAUUGAAGACCUUUGAUGGUAUAAUUGGAGACGACACGCUUAAGAAGCUCGAAGCCAUUAUAGACAGAAAGAACAACACCUUAAGGAUCAAGCCAGAUAUAAAAAUUCCGUUAAAGGCAAAGGCAUCAGCUCAAGUCAACACCAUCGAAAUCGGGGCAGACCAUUUACCGAAGGCAAUCCAAGAAAAAAUUAUGGGAAUAAUAAGGAAAUACGAGAAAAUAUUUGGCCCAAUAAACGACAGGGAAAUAAUAGACACACAAGUGAAAGCAGAAAUUAAAACUACUACUGAUGAUCCCAUAUACACCAAGUCAUAUCCAUACCCAGCCAAUAUGAGGAAGGAAGUAGAGGAACAAAUCAAAAAGCUGCUAGAGGAUGGAAUUAUCCGCCCUUCGAAAAGCCCUUACAACUCACCGAUCUGGGUAGUAGCCAAGAAACCCGACUCAUCAGGUGUGAAGAAGUAUAGAAUGGUUAUCGACUUUAAACGACUUAACGCAGUAACGGUACCAGACACAUAUCCUAUACCGGAUAUUACAAGCACACUAGCAAGCCUAGGCCAGGCCAAAUUCUUUACAACAUUAGAUCUGACAUCCGGAUUCCACCAAAUCAUGAUGCACAAAAAGGACAUUCCCAAGACGGCUUUUUCAACAAUGAAUGGAAAGAGAUAUCAAGCUAAGCCUCGACUACAUUCACGAUCUUCAUAUCAGCAACACAAAACAACUUCAGAAGCUAAUACCAAGGAGCCAACUCUCUAUAGCAUCCGAUAUUACUAUAGGACUCGUCAUCAUUGCAGUCAUCAUCAUUUGGGUCAUCAAGAAAAACAUCAGCAAGGUUGUGAGAAAACGCACUCCAACAGUGGUUCCUACUAUAGAGAUUCCGCAAAUUUCAGUCAUAGAAGCACCAAAAUUCCAGCUUGA